GCAACAUCCAACAAAAUUAUUCGCCAAACUGUCUUUGAGCGGCGAAGAAGAGUUCCUCGUCCAAUCAGAGCCCGAAUGUGGAUAAACCCGGAACUCAACAAGGCGCUCUUUCAAAACUUUGGAAUAAAACGAAACAAGGAUGUCCUGUUACAGCAGUGUGACUCGUGUUGAUGCGACAUCUAUGAGCCAGGCACCUCGAGAACAACUGCACCUCAUCCCCUGUGAGAUUGAACACAAUGGGCCUGCACAGAUCUCACAGUACUUCAUCGCUACCAUAAAGGACCAGAAACAUGAGAAGACCGCUUCAUUUCGGGGUCGUGGGCUCAAGGGUCAGGAUCUCACCUGUCCACAAGGCUACACUGGACUGGUGCUCAAGGAUAUCAAUAAGCCCGGUUUGGAUCAGGAGGACAGGACCCUGAAGGUGACUUCUGUGUUUGACAAGCUGACCUACUGGAACCUCGAGACUCCUCCCAACUCAGACGACGCGGUGGUUAUGGCGAUGGAUUGGCCUGAGCUUGCUGAAGUGAUUCAUGGAGCAGUGGAAGACUGAAGAAAAUCUUGUUUUGAGGAGAAAUAUAGGCAGUAAUACGCAUACAGUAUUUGGAAUAAAAUGUUUUCCGGUUAUUAGACAUAGUCAAAAAAGUGAAUGGUUGUUAAAGAACACCUGUGUGGUUUGUACAUAUUUUUUAAUUAAAUAAAAUGCUACAACUAUAUAA